AUGUACCAGAUCGGAGGGAGCAGCAAGGUUCCGUGGAUAGUUCGAGCUUGCGUUCGACAGGUCGAGUUACGAGGUAUCGAUUGCGUCGGUAUUUACCGACUGUGUGGCUCAUACGAGAAGUUGAUGAGGCUAAAGAAAGAACUGGAUGCCUGCGUUUUGCUGGAGUUCAAUGAAGAUCUCAUAUCAGUUGAUAACAUUCCGGAUAUCAAUGUCAUUACCGGUUUAUUGAAGCAAUUCUUCUUGGAUCUGCCUGAACCUCUAUUCACCGGAGAACUGCAAGACAUGUUCAUUGACGCCAUCAACGUUCAAAUUGAUUCAGAUCCUGAUGGCAAUGCAAACCUCAUGCUUAGCAUUUUAGACUGCUUACCUAAAAACAAUUUGGUUGUACUCAGUUUUUUGAUGGAUCAUUUGAAGCGAAUAGUGCAACACGAACAAUUCAACAAAAUGGACAGCCUGGCCAUAGGGGACAUAUUCGGUCCCCUCCUCCUGUGUCCCUCUCUUGCCGAGGUCCCAGACGUGGCAGCGCCCUCGUCUCGCCAGCAAAUUAAAAAAUCUUUCCGGUUAAGAGAAGCGGUGGACCUAGCUAAGCAAUCCCGCGUUAUCACGUACCUGUUGGAUAUCUGGCCAGCUGACUGA